AUGGUGCGGUUCAAGCACAGGUACCUGCUGUGCGAACUGGUGUCCGACGAUCCCCGCUGCCGUCUGAGCCUGGAGGACCGAGUUAUAGACGGCCUCGUCCGAGACACGAUCGCCAGAGUGCACGGGACGUUCGGCGCGGCGGCGUGCUCCAUCGGCUUUGCGGUGAGAUACCUAAAUGCUUAUACUGGAGUGGUGCUGCUUCGAUGUCGGAAGGACUUCUACCAGCUCGUGUGGUCAGCCCUACCCUUCAUCACCCACUUGGAGAGCAAAGGACACCGUUACCCGUGUUUUUUCAACACCUUGCACGUGGGAGGCACAAUCAGAACCUGUCAGAAGUUCCUGAUUCAGUACAACAGGAGACAGUUGUUGAUCUUACUGCAGAACUGCACCGAUGAAGGAGAGAGGAAAGCCAUCCAGAAGUCUGUCACCAGAAGCUGUUUUCUGGAGGAGGAGCCUGGUGAGGAGGAGCUCUCAGACAGUGGCAGUGAGGCAGAUGCUGUGACCAUGGACUGA